CGUUCAGCCUUCAGUCUGAGCAGAGUCUGUGCUGCAGCAGCAGGAGCAGCAGAGGAAACACAACCAGUCUGAGCAGAGAAAAAGAAAAAGAAAAAGAUCCUCUUACUUGGACUUGGAGGACACUCAGACUCAGAGGACACUCGGAGGACAUGGCUGAGAAGAAAGCUGUCUUGUUCAGGUUCUGGGGAGUUGCUGUCUCUUCACGACCCCAUGCAGUUUUCCACAAGUUGGAGGAGUUGCACAACCUGCCGGGUGGUUUCCUGUCCAGUGUGGUGUCACAGAAGGACAGCGCCAUGAUGCGGGCGGAGAGAGGCGAGCUGACGCUCUCUCAGACGAUCCCGGUGUUUGAGGAGGAGUGUGUGAAGGAGGCCCAGGUCAGGGGUGUGACUCUGCCACCUGAUUGGUCCGUCAGAGGCCUGCUGGAGAAGCUCGGAGAGGCCAUGAUGGACGUCCAACCAGCCGUGCUGGAGACAGCUGCAAACCUGCGUCGCAAUGGCUUACUGACAGCUGUGCUGGCCAAUCACUGGAUAGAUGACACUGCCACUGGAGACGGUCCGGCCCGCCUUCUCUCUUUGCUGGGGCGGCAUUUUGACCUGGUCCUCCGGUCCUGCCACUCAGGUCACAGGGUCCCUGAGUCCGCCAUGUUCAGCUCCGCUUUGAAGCACCUGGAAGUGACAUCACAAGAGGCGGUGUGGCUGGAUGCAGAUGAGGAGGGUGUGAGGGCGGCAGAGGCGGCGGGGGUGAAGGCCAUCAUGGUGGAAAAUCUGGACCACGCUCUAGACAAACUGGCUGAUUUCACUGGAGUUCAGGCUGUCAGAGCAGAGAGCUCUCCUCCAUCCUGCAGCUGUGAUGAAGUGUCUCAUGGAUACGUCACCAUCAGGCCUGGUGUCAGGACUCAUUAUGUUGAGAUGGGCUCGGGUCCGCCAGUUCUGCUGUGUCACGGCUUCCCUGAGAGCUGGUACUCCUGGAGGUACCAGAUCCCAGCUGUGGCAGCAGCAGGGUUCAGGGUGUUGGCUCUGGACAUGAAGGGAUAUGGAGAGUCCACAGCGCCGCCGGACAUCGAGGAAUAUUCACAGGAGCAGCUCUGCAAGGAUUUGAUCACAUUCCUUGAUAAAAUGUCCAUGCCGCAGGUCACCCUGGUGGGUCACGACUGGGGCGGCUUGCUGGUCUGGACCAUGGCUCAGUACUUUCCUGAGAGAGUCAGGGCUGUGGCGUCUCUGAACACGCCCCUGUUCCCGGCCGAUCCGUCUGCUCCUCCCGGGCAGAGACUGAAGGCUGUGCCCAUAUUCGAUUACCAGCUCUACUUCCAGAAACCAGGUGUUGCAGAGGCUGAGCUGGAGAAAAACUUGGAGAGAACCUUCAAGAUUUUCUUUUCCAGCAGCAGUGAAGCGGUGAGGCGUCCAGCUCUCAGCACCGCAGGUGUCUGUGCUCGAGGGGGUCUGUUUGUGGGUCUACCUGAGCAGAUUCCCAGGAGCUCCAUGCUGACGGAGGCCGACCUGCAGUUCUACAUCAGCCAGUACAAAGAAAACGGCUUCAGGAGACCUCUGAACUGGUAUCGUAACGGUGAGGUGAACUGGAGGUGGAUGUGUUCUCGACCCAGUGGAAAGCUGCUGAUGCCGGCGCUGAUGGUGACGGCAGGUAAAGACCCCGUGCUGCUGCCGGCCUUCUCCAAAGGGAUGGAGGACAAGAUCCCGAACCUGAGCAGAGGACACAUCGAGGAGUGUGGACACUGGACUCAGAUGGACAGGCCAGCAGAGACGAACAACAUCCUGAUAUCAUGGCUUAAAGAAACACAUAAGAAGGACGGAAGGGUUAGUGUGGCCCCCAGACUGUGAGGAGGGAAGGAAGGAGGGAAGGAAAAAGCGGGGUGAAGUGCCGUUUCAGUGCUGCAUGUCAGAGACAGACACAGGGUGGAGGUGGAUGAAGCAUCAUUUCCAGUUAACUCAUUCCAGUUUACCUGCUCGUGCAGAAAACGAUUCAACAUGUGACAGAAUAAAGUUUCCAUUGAUGAAUGA